AUGUUUUUCGUUGAACUGAAUGUGAACUACAUUUUCCCAAUCCAUUUGUCAUCAACACGCAUCUACUCCUAAAAAGUGAAACUUUUUUUUUUUUUUCCUUCUCUUGUCUUGAAGAAAGAAUUUUUGGAUGACUUGUUUCACUCACCCCCUCACUACCAAUCGCCAUGGCUACACUCUCUGUUGUGAUGCUCAGCAACUGGAGUAAUUGCUGCAAUAGACCAAGUGGAGACUAUAAAUUCCGACAAGCGUAUAGGAGGAAUAAUCUUCAUCUCCGGCAAAGCAGCCACCUUUCUUCUUCAUUUCAUUGCCUGUGUGCGACAACACUUCCGGUACUGGAGGAACAGAAGCGAACAUUCGAUGCGGAGCGAGCUGCUUCGCUGGUUAAGGACCUUCGGAACAACUUCCGUUCGGGAAGGACCAAGAGCUAUGAAUGGAGAGUGGCGCAGUUGCAGAGCAUCUUGAGGAUGAUUGAUGAAAACGAGAAGAUGAUUAUAGAAGCUCUUUAUGAGGACCUCGGGAAGCCGGAGCUUGAAUCUUUCACCGCAGAGAUUACUAUGCUAAAAUCCUCCAGUAAAGAGGCUCUGGAACAGUUGAAACGUUGGAUGACUCCAGAAAAGGUUAAAACUUCAAUUUCAUUAUAUCCAUCUUCAGCAGAGAUUGUGUCAGAACCUCUAGGAGUUGUCUUGGUCAUCUCAACCUGGAACUUCCCGUUUUUGUUGUCUCUUGAUCCUGUGAUUGGAGCCGUUGCAGCUGGUAAUGCUGUGGUCCUUAAACCAUCAGAACUUGCUCCAGCCACAUCAUCGGUUCUUGCAAAAUUAUUAGAGAAAUAUGUAGACAGAUCGGCCAUCACAGUUGUUGAGGGUGCUGUUGCUGAGACAUCAGCAUUAUUAGAGCAAAAAUGGGAUAAAAUCUUCUUUACAGGUGGGGGAAGAGUAGGGCGCAUUGUACUGACUGCAGCAGCUAAGCACCUAACACCAGUAGUUCUGGAACUUGGAGGAAAGUGUCCAGCCGUUGUGGAUUCAAAUGUUAAUAUAGAAGUUGCUGUGAGGAGGAUUAUAGCAGGGAAGUGGGCAUGCAAUAACGGACAAGCUUGUAUUGGUGUUGACUAUAUAAUAACAACAAAAGAUUUUGCUCCAAAGUUGAUAGACGCACUGAGAAAUGGAUUGGAGGAAUUCUUUGGAAAAGAUCCAUUUGAAUCAAAGGACCGGUCCCGCAUUGUGAACUCAUUCCACUUCAAACGUUUGGUUGGCCUAAUGGAUGAGGAUAAGGUCUCUGAUAAAAUUGUCCUUGGAGCCCAGAGGGAUGAAAGCCAACUACAAAUAGCCCCAACAAUAUUGUUGAAUGUCCCUGAAGACUCACUGAUCAUGCAAGAGGAAAUAUUUGGGCCCUUACUACCCAUAUUGACUGUUGACAACGUGGAAGAUAGCUUUGAAAUGAUCAAUGAAAAGUCCAAACCUCUUGUUGCCUAUCUUUUCAGUGAUGAUGAGCAGCUGAAAAAGAAGUUUGUUCAGAAUGUAUCUUCUGGGGGGAUGGCCAUCAAUGACACCGUCAUACAAGUAUCAGUCUCUGGUUUACCUUUCGGAGGAGUUGGGGAGAGUGGAAUGGGUUUAUACCAUGGAAAAUUCUCCUUUGAGACAUUUAGUCACAAGAAGGCUGUUCUAUACAGAAGCUUUGCUGGAGAUUCUUCCUUGAGGUACCCACCGUACACACCUGAAAAGCAAAAAUUAUUCAAGGCUGUAAUCAGCGGUAACAUAUUUGGCAUAAUUCUUGCUUUGCUUGGGUGGUCAAGAGAUUAAGCAGAUAAAUAUAGUGAUUUAAUUGAGAAGAAAGAUUUAUAUGUUUUUAUAUAUUGUAGAUGUAUAUCCAGUUAGGGGAAUGAAUGUUUGUAGUCUUCAAACUUCUUAAUGUACAUAAUAGACAAGCUUCUUAGAUAUUCUCUCUCUUUCCCUUAUUCAUCUUAAUCUGAAUUCAUAAAUCAAAAUCCCAACUUCUG